AUGUCAACCGCUGGCGGAAACGCGGAAGCUUUGACUUCCACUGCUGUGAAGAUGGCGUCCGAAAACACUAGUUUGUCUGAGGGCAAUACGGCCCGUGAGCCAGAAGUCGCUCACCAGCAAUCUAAUGAGCAACACCAGGAGCAGGCAUUGCGUACAGACAACGUUCGUCUGGAUGAUGAUGCCGAGGGUGUCAAGCUUGAAGAGAAGUUCGCCCGGAGUUCCAAGCAAGAGGUGAACGCGCCGCUAAGAAUCUCGCAGGAAGCUGCGUUAGUGGCCGAGGGGAGAGCAGCUGUGGUAGAAGAGAAUGAGAAGGAACAGGAAGAGGAGCAGGAGCUAAAGCUGGAACCACAGCAGGAGCAGCGGGAACCAGAUGAGGAGGAGGAUGAGGAGGAGGAGGAGGAGGAAGAGGGCGAGACGAGGUGUAUAUGUGGAGAGGUGGACCCGCCCGAUGAAUCUGGGUUGUACAUUCAAUGCGAAUCGUGCAGUGUAUGGCAACAUGGAUUCUGCGUUGGAAUCACCGACGGCGAAGGAAGUGCGCCGGACAAGUACUGGUGCGAAUCGUGCCGCCCGGAAUUGCAUACGCUUUACACCACAGAGUCUGACCAACGCCGGUCGUCUUAUAAGCCAGUCCAACAUGGUAAACGCCAAAAUCGAAGAUCGAGGGUACGAGAUGACGAGGUUUCCAACGAAGGCGAAAAGGUUCGUACUGCAAAUGUGACCGGCGGAAAUAGUGGCCGAAAUAGGGCAGCUAUAGAAGUUUCCAGCGUGGGUGUAAAACCGGAUCCUCUAAAGCCUGCUACAAUGCAAAAAGAGACCAAAUCCCGGAAAAGGCAACAAAGACAAAAAGACGCUAACGGGGAACAGGCUAUCCUGGGCAGGAGGGAUUCCGAUGAGGACCGCAGGUCAUUAGACAGGCGCCGCGCCACCUCCUCGGCACGCGAGGAAAAACAAUAUCAACUGAUGCUUGAAAAAGCUCUUAAAGAGAGCAGACGUACAUCUCAGGCCGAUGAGGAGCUCGGUACUCACGUAUUUGAAGAGGAGAAAAUGUCGGAAGGAAACGAGGACGAUGCAGUUGCAGUUGGUCCUGAUACAGAAGCUACUACAGACGAACCUCCCAAAAAGCGAUCUAAGCCCAGCUCUCUUCCCGCUACCCCAGCUACCUCGUCAGAAGAGGAACUUAAGCGUAAAUCCAAAAGAGGAGCACCUCGUAAAAUGAAAAAUAGAAAUGCACCUCGUGCACCUACCUCCAACGGCAACGAUACAACCGACAUAGGUAUCAACAGGCCCAUCAAGCCCAGGAUACCGAGUCAAGGGACUAGCAUGAAUGAAAUGAGACGGCGUGUGAGUGCAAUCUUGGAAUACAUAUCAAGAACCCAGUAUGAACUAUCAGAAGACCAGCUCGAGAAGCAGAAGCUUACAGAAUUUGUUGAGAAUGAGGAAUUUUUCAAGAAAGUUGACACAAUCUACAGUAGUUUUGAUGAAAGUUUGAAAAUGAUGGAUGAUUUGACCGGAAAAUUAAUUUCAUGGGAGAAGAGGUAUACUGUGGAUCAGUAA